AGUUCCCGGUGUUAUAAUAGUCUCUCAGUUCCCGGUGUUAUAAUAGGCUGUCAGCGUUAUAGCCGUGUUAUAAUAGGCUGUCAGCGUUAUAGCCGUCUUAUAACAGGCUGUCCGGCGGUGAUGGCUGGGUGUGAUUGGCCCCGCCGCACACAUUGCCGGAGCGCGCCAUUUCCCUCCCCACAGGCGGAGUUAGUAUGGAGGAUACCGGCACUAAGUCGGGGUCCGGCGGAGACCCGCAUUUAUUCGACUAUCCCCCCGUGAAAAUGUCAGCGGACCGGCUCAGGGAGUGCAAGAAACGCCCGGGCCCCGCCGCUUCCUCUCCGUUUAUCCUGGAGCGGCCGUGCGGCUGCGCCCUGGACAUUGGGCUGGUGUGGAUGCAGGGCUCGGUGAUAUUGGUCCGGCCAGCAGGGGGCGCCACCAUCCGCCUGAACGAUGGCACUCACACAUUUACUGUAUGCGGGGCAGACAAGGUGCCCAAGGGCAAACCCUGCCUGCUGCCAGGUAAUCCCUCCCUCAUGAAUGUGACUAGUCUUUAGCCAUGCAGCAGGUCUUGUGUACUGUAUUUCUUUUCCAUUUUUUUUCUCUUCUUUUUUUGUGUCCACUCUGUCUGUAAAUGUUGUGGAGAGCAUUGACACAGUUUGCACCAUUACACUGAGCCGCAGUGAUUAUGGUGCUUAGUGUCCGUCAUAGAGACUCUCUAGGCUCCAUUACCACUUCAUCUCAUUGAAGAUAUGUUGGUGCCUAGUGUCCCCGUGAUGUCAGGUUCCGCACUAUAUAAGGGUCCCUGGUUGCCCGCUGCGCAGCCUUUUUUAUGUUUUUUAGUUCAAGCAACAAUGGGUGACAAAGCGAGCUCUCAAACUUUUAAUUGCUGCUGCCGAACACUGGUAUGAAUUGGUAUGACUAAUGAAGAGUUAAUGCCCUCCAGACACUAUAAUACUUUACAUGAGAUGAAGUUAUGGUGCUCAGAUUGUCUAAUCAAAGAAACUAAUUCAGGAUAUUUAUAAAAUACGACCGCAUUGCUCAUCUGGAAUAUUUAAAUAACUCCUAAUGUGAAAAUAAGUCCACUUCCUUUUAAUUUUUUGGUUCCCAAAGGUACAGUCUAAACACUGUCCCCACGACAGCGAUGUUUUGGUACGAGCAAACCCUCUUCUUCUUCCUUUUUUUUUUUUUUUACGGUUUAGCUUGAAAACAUAACUCACUCAUUGCAACAUUAUGCCUGUAACUUCCAAUACUAAAUGAAUUUCAGUGAAAUUCCAACACAGUCAUCAUGAGUAUUUCAUAAAGAUACUAACUUUAUGAAAUACUCAUUUAUAAUAUUUGGGUUACAGUGCCAAUUUAAAUUCAAAAUUUACUUUGAAUAUUCAAUUUAAAAAAAAAAAACCCCAAAAAACCACACAUCCUGGAAAUAAUUCCAGUAAGAGAGAUCCCUGUAUAGAGCCCUGGACAUUAAUGGAUUAUUCACAAAACUGAAUUUUCACAAAUUAAAUCCAAAUAGAACAACUGAUGCAAAAAUAGCUGAUCAGAAAAAAAAUCUUAUACGCCUCUUUUCAUUCUUAAAAGAACACUAUAGUGUCAGGAACACAAACAUGUAUUUCUGACGCCACAGUGGUAAACAAUUUCUGUCCCCGACACACUCUUUUUACAGGUGACUUUACAUUUUUCCAGCACUGUGACUGGCCCCGCAUUGCCCCAUCUCCAUGGCUGACAUCAGUUUUUAUGAACGCAAAACACCAGCCUGCGCCAAUACCCAUCUCCUUAUAGAGAUGCAUUGAAUCAAUUAAUCUUUUUUUGCAACAUUCAGUGCCUGCAUACAUAGGAUCGUACUUUUCCAAUCCAGUUUUGUGAAUGAGGAGUUACUGAUUGGCUGAGAGUGUCAGCUGACCGUUCUCAGCCAAACAAUGGCACCCCUGCCUAGCGGCACUGAGAUUUUAUAAACCGGAUGCCAAGUGGAGGGAGUUGAGAUCGGCCCUGCAGGCUCACUUUGGGAUUAAACCGUUCAAGAAUGGUUAAAGAGCUUUGGGUAAGAGUGCUUAUGGGGGGGCCUCCUGUGACUUUCACAGUGAGAAUCGCGGAAGCGCCUCAAGCGGCUGUCAAUGAGACAGCCACUAGAGGCUGGAUUACCCUAUUGUAAACAUACAGGGUUAACCCUAGAUGGACCUGGCACCCAGACCACUUCAUUGAGCUGAAGUGGUCUGGGUGCCUAUAGUGGUCCUUUAACUAUACUGUACAACAAUAACCCAUAUGUAUACCUUUGCAAAGUAACAAUCUUAAUCCCUUUCUAAACUUUUAACCAAACCUUAAUUGUAACCCAAACUCUUUUAAUAAACCUCACCUUAAUCCUAACCCAUACCCAAAUUAUAUCCCUAUAUCUAAUUAUAACCUUAAUGCUAAUCUCAAUCCUAAUAGUACAAAUAGUGCUGGGAUUCCCUCUGCUGAUGUCAGCAGAUAAAUUCCCUUGCAGCUUUUUCACCAGAGGGAUUCUUUGCUGGCCCUAAUAUGAAACCUAAUUCUAAAAUUCAUUAUAAACCAAAUACAAAACCUACUAUUUAUGCGAAUAUUGAAUCUUAAUCUCUAAUUUAAUUGUAAUACCAAAAGUUUCCUCUGCUAAUGUAUGUACUGAUGCUGGCAAAAUUAAAUCCUAAACUAAAAGAGUGGGAUGUUGCUGCCAUCUACUGUCUAUUUUCAGUAUCUUGUAUUUAAUUUUUUUUUUAAAUUAAAUCAAGUAUGCCCAAUGCAUUAAAGGACCACUCUAGGCACCCAGACCACUUUAGCUUAAUGAAGUGGUCUGGGUGCCAGGUCCUUCUAGGGUUAACCCAUUUUUUCAUAAUUAUAGCAGUUUCAGAGAAACUGCUAUGUUUAUGAAUGGGUUAAGCCUUCCCCCUAAUCCUCUAGUGGCUGUCUCAUUGACAGCCACUAGAGGCGCUUGCGUGCUUCUCACUGUGAUUUUCACAGUGAGAGCACGCCAGCGUCCAUAGGAAAGCAUUGUAAAUGCUUUCCUAUGAGACCGGCUGAAUGCGCGCGCAGCUCUUGCCGCGCGUGCGCAUUCAGCCGGCGGGGCGGAGAGGAGGCAGAGAGCUCCCCGCCCAGCGCUGGAAAAAGGUAAGUUUAAACCCCUUUCCCCCUUCCAGAGCCGGGCGGGAGGGGGUCCCUGAUGGUGGGGGCACCCUCAGGGCAAUAUAGUGCCAGGAAAACGAGUAUGUUUUCCUGGCACUAUAGUGGUCCUUUAAGGUUGGUGCUGGGCAACUGACAAAGCCCAGCACUGAAAAUUCUAUUGAGCGAAAAGGCGUUCGAUAGGGUAAAAUGGACAUACCUGUUCCAACUCCUCAGACAUCUCCGUUUCCCCGACCAGUACAUCACAACGAUCCAAGCCAUGUACACAGACGUCAAGGCACACAUUCGGAUCCCGGGCGCACAACAACCCAUAUCACCCUACACAACGGCAUGUGACAGGGCUGCCCACUGUCACCCCUCCUGUUCGUACUCCCAUUGGAACCCCUACUGCAAGCAAUUAGAUCGAACCAAUCUAUACAGGGAAUCAGAGUGGGUGACCAAACAUAUAAAGUAUCAGGAUACGCGGAUGACGUCCUUCUCACACUUACAAACCCAGGGAACUCAAUGAUGGCCUUAGACAGAGAAUUAACAGAAUAUGGAGACCUAUCGGGAUAUAAGGUCAACCUGUCCAAAUCCACCGCACUCCCAAUAGCCAUGACAAUGAACGACACGUCAUACAUAAGGAACCAACACCACAUACCUAUAGCGCAAAAUUCCAUAAAAUACUUGGGGAUACAAUUGACCACAGGCCCCACAAAACUGUACGGGGCGAAUUACACACCCCUUCUUAAGACCCUUGGCGCAGAUCUCAACACAUGUACUGAAAAACCUAUAUCCUGGAUAGGAAGGGUCCAUACGAUAAAAAUGAACGUCCUCCUCUUCCUCUUCCAAGCACUCGCCAUACCCAUAACUAAAACAGAACUGGCCCCUUUGCAGAGGAACAUAGAGGAUUUUAUUUGGCAACACAAGCAACACAGUCGCACGCAACAUAUUGUAUAGACCCAAAGAGGGGGGAGGGCUAGGCUUGCCCCAUCUUUAUAACUACUAUAUAGCGGCUCAAAAACAUAAACUAACCACUUCAUCCUCUCCUCUGAUGCCCCUGUUGAGGAACAGAGCGUUCCCACCGGGAAUGAGGGCCCGAGACUUCAAAACAUAGAGGAGGCGGGCCUACAGAGGGCGAUCCACCUAUAUGAAGGAAACCAAAUCGUGACAUUUGAAAAGUUACAGGAAAGGACCAGGCUACAACCCCCAGACUUCUUUAGAUAUAUUCAAAUUAGAGACUUCGCACAACAUAACCUAGCUAAAACGGCGGCACAAACUGCGCCAACGGGCUUUGAACGAAUGUGCCUCAAUGAAAACCCCCCCAAAGGGACUCAUCUCAUACCUUUACGCACACCUAUCCACAAACAGCACAGACUGGGGCGACCUACACUACACCACACAAUGGGAAACAGACCUCAAAGAGACCCUAGAGGGCACAGAAUGGAGAGAAAUAUGGGACGCAAACAAAGCUAUCUCAGCGUGUGUCACCCAACAAGAGCAGGCCUACAAGACCAUGCUGCGAUGCUAUACUACCCCAGUAAAACUGUACCGUAUGUGGAAAAACUCCAAACGAUUUGUGUUGGAGAGGCUGCGGAAACAAAGGGACGUACAUCCACAUGUGGUGGGACUGCCCGAGAGCGCAGACCUUCUGGAGGGAAAUAGGUGACUUCCCAGCUAAAGUAUUCCACAGGAAAGUAACAUUAGACCCAUGGGUUUUUCUGCUCUCCAGAACACUAGACGACUGGCCCAGGAGGGAACAGAAACUCCUGCACAAAAUCACGCUUGCGGCCAGACUCACCAUGGCGCAGGCAUGGCUUAAAACAACAACCCCCCAGAUAAACACAGUAAUCCACAAAAUAAAAGACAUACAGGUCAUGGACCACCUUACGGCACUAGUGAGAGGCAACAUGAAAACUUAUGAAAGAGUCUGGGACCUGUGGAAAACAGGGGAUUGGGAGAGCUGAGAGAGUAACAUACCAGGGACUCCCUGCGGUUUCAACACCCAAUUCGAUACCAAAAGAGCCUCCCACCAUGGCGCUCCGCACUCCACCAUGAGGGCUCCCACUCCCCCCCCACCUUAUUUCAACACCGUUGCCAGAAAAGGGACCAAGACUAUACGUUCCCAACCAUAAUGGGUCAAGGUCUAUAACCAACGGGUCCCCCCGCAAUGAUCACGGUUUCAUGACUCAUAACAUUGCUUACUGAUGACUGAAAUCUGAGUUUGACAUUGGCUGUAAUUGCUAUAAGUUAUUACAUGUUCUUCCAUAACUUGAAUGUAAAAAAUGACACAUUCAUGCAAAUUGAGCAAAAACACGCGAACUGUAAAGGUGGUAUAAUCAGAUGCAAACUGGAAUAUAGAUCGGCUACCAACAGAUGUUGAUUAAUACCCGUACCAUGUAAUGCAUGUAAUUUCUCACCAUUGUAUCGCAAUGUCAUGCCAAAAAUAGAUUUAAAAAAAAAUUUUUUUAAAUGAAAAUUCUAUUGAGGCAUAGAGGGUGACCAUCCAUAGUCUGUUCAGACUCUGGGGGUCUCCCAUCCAGUGAGAGAAUCACUGUGACAGGGCAUGACAAAUCCCAGGCGCCAGGUCCUGGCACUUGGGAUUUGUGUGCCUGUUUAGCCCCCCGAGUUGUCUCAGUGCAUGUGUGUCUGUUAGUGAAUGUGUGUAUCAAAUCAGUGUGUGCCUGUUAUGUGUGUUUAGUGACCUGUCCCCUCUAAUUACAUGGGAAAGUGAUUUUACUCACCUUUUCUCCCGUGCCAUGCUGAUGACACCGCAGAUGACCCCCCACCUCCAUGGCUGAGAUCAUCAAUCUUGACGUUAUCAGCCAAUCUAAUGCUUUCCUAUGGGAAAGUAUUUUGAGACACUUGUGCAUGAGCUCAAAACGCCACGCUGCACCAAUCAAUUUCUCCUCAUAGACAUGCAUUGAAUCAAUGCAUCCCUAUUUGAGCAUUAAUGUAGGUGCUGCACACUGUGCAGGAAGCACCUCUAGAGGCCGUCUGACUGUCACUAGAGAUGUUUGUAGGCAGCAAUGUGAACACUGGAAAAGUAAUGUUUACAUUGAAAAGCCUGCAUGGACAGGAUAUAGACCUCAGAACAACUACAUUAAGUUGUUCUGGUGACUAUAGUGUCCAUGUAAGAAUUGUAUUGUUGACGUAUAAAAACUUUGACUAAUCAAAAAAAACUGUAUUCCAGGCAAAUUUGUCAAGCUUUGCACUGUGGAAUUAAAGAGCUGUAGGCUGUGACAGUCAUGCAACUGCAAGCAAUUCACCUGUGAGUCUGGCUCUGCGAAAAAUUUCCCUGGCUUUCAGAGGGGAGCAACAGAUAAUUAUUGAUACCUGGGACUCCCUGGUGUGAGCAGGGAUUUUUAACAAUAAAGCCUCUCUUUCGUUAACUGUUAAAUUAUUAUUUUUUUUUUUUCUCAUGUCUAUUAAGUUUGAAAUCACAUUCUACUAAAUAUUAAAAAUUAUCUGUCAGGCACUACCUCUAGCCUGAUCUGGAUAGAAACUAUACUUUUCUAUGCACUAUUCCUUUAUUCUUUUUCAUGCCCUGUUUAGAAAUGUAAACCCAACUUAGAAUUUUCACUUUCAAAAGAAAUAUAAACUGCUGUCUGAUCUCUAAACAUAAUAAUUUCAUCAUUAAUCUGAUUCUCAAAGUUAAUCAACAUUGGUAAACAUUCACAUCACCAUCAUUACGUAUGUCAUCAUUUGUUUCCUGAAAGAAGAACGUAUAAGUGUUGGCUUUAAGUCACGAAAAGCUUUUGUUCAGACAUGGUUACAUCUACGUAUAGAAAACCUAUUGCUGGUAUUGCAAUUCUCCAUGCUACUUCUAGUCACCGAGGACACUAAGUCUAGACCAGUUGUUCAGUUAUUGAUGUUAUAAAGGAACUGCUCUGAUUUUGAUGUGUUCCUUGAGGACGCUUGUGCAAGAGUAGUUUUAAGAGAGGGGAUAUUCUGAAAAUGAUGUGGAAAACUUUCUCUAGAGCUUUACAAUCAGAUAGAACAGGUUUGAUUUCUAAGACUUUUGGUACCAGGAAAAUUGAGAAUUAGGACUAUAAUGAUACUUUACUGACAUUUGCAACUUAAUUUAAUUCACAAUUUGAUCAAGUUAAUCGAAUUGUUUGGAAACACUUAAGAAUAUUUACGGACUCUUGCCUUUAAAUUUUUUUUAGAGAGUUUUAUAAUGGUAAAUGUAAAUGUGUGGCUAGACAUUCCAGCACAUUGGGGAUAUUCUUUAACCUGGUUUUUUUUAUGGCCGUAAGUCAUUCUUUUUCUUUUAUGUGGCAGGAGAAACAGGACUUUCAUGUCACAUCAGAUAUUUAAUAUUAAUAAAAUGUGAAAUUAUUUCUUAUUUAAUAUAUUUUUGUAUGAUCUGACCUCUGAUCUAGCUGGGUAUGGCUGAGGGUAUCGGUGGGGUUCUUUUUAUGUAACUUUUUAACCAUUUACUUUUUCAAGUACCCAUCACUACAACCCAUGUGUACUGCUGCAAAUACUAAGAACAUUUUACUUACCGUAAAUUUUUAUUUAUUUUUUUUCCUCUUUCAUUGCAGGAAAAUAUGUGAUGGUAAUGGGAGUGGUGUUGUCUUGCAAUCCUGAGCCUGUUUUACGUGCAGUGAAGAUUACAGAUUUAUCAGAAAAUCCUGUACACCAGACCAUGUGGAAGUACGAAGUGGAUGAUUUGCAUAAAAUAUUGAAUUCUAAAAUUUGUAUUUGCUAAGUAAAAAAUAGCAAGUUCACUCUACUAGGAUUUGCAAAAUAUAUAUAACAAAAUCUAAACAAACAGAAUCCAUCUUCAGUGCGGAAUCUAUUUGAAGUGACCUUGACAAUUUUUAAUUUGUCAAUCAAUGGGGGUUUAAAGUUUCUUUCAAUUACCAAAUUAUCUUGCAUUUCACACAUAUGUUAAAUCCAUACUUUGUGCUAGUAAAGCAAACGUAUAUCUUAAAAGAUGCUUGAUUGAAAUAGAAAGAAAGCUUCUGAAAUUGAACAAAUACAUUAUUAGGAGGUAUAUUUAUUUAUUAUGCCGUGGUGAUAUUUGGGGUGCUUGAGAAGCAUCCUCUGAAUGUUUUAUUUAUUGUCUUUACUGCUAUGCUGAGAGCAUAGCAUUAAAGAUUUGGAAAACCAAAAAACAAACAAAAAAAACCCCCUUAUUCUGUACUUGUAAUAGAUGACAUUUUAUUUUCUUAUAAAGCCAUACCAAGUCAUGUUUGUUGUGACGUGCGCUGUGUGUGUAAUGCUACUUCUAUAUCUGUCUUCAGUUUGUUAGAAAUAUCUUUCUGUCAAGCGGUUUGCUUAUGAAAACUGUUAACAUUAUGAAGUUCAAAGAAAAAAUGCAAACGUUUGUGUAUAUUUAAUUUAAGUUUUUUGUUUUUAAAAGUUUGGUGGGGGUUUUAUGACUCUCUAACCUAAAUUUAACUGCGUGUGUGUUCUUUCAUUCACAUGAACAUUUUCUAUAGUGUGUCUAAAAGGUACUUCUGCAGUAUAACUUCUAGAAAUGGUCAGAGUAACAGCAUCACUGAUUUAUAUCACUGAUAGAACUACAAGUCGCAAUGGCAGUUAUUGCAACCAGCCCCUGGAACGUCACCUGUCAAAGGGUCCCGCUUCCAAACUUGUAACAGAUUGCCCAUUUCUGUUGAUUAUAGAAACUGAAGUGUUUUGUAAGAAUGUUUUGGAGUGUGACAACAGUUUUCACUAUUGUACAUUAAACAUGUGCUCUAUGUAAUUUUUACACUCUAUUAAAGUUUGCGAUGGUGCAGAAC